CCCGCUCCCUUCCCGCGACGCCUGCUGCUGGGGACCCAGGCCGCCUCCCCGCCCCGCAUGGCCUUCCCGCCCCAGGGGGCCUGAGCCGGCCCUCGCCCCCCGCCCGGCCAUGUCCUCCGCGGGCCCCCCAGCUGCACCUGCGGCCGAGGACACCUGGGGUCCCCCGGGCAAGGAGGGCGCGGGGCCCCCGGCCGGACCGCCGCGCAGGAAGAAGUCCAAGACCUCCGGCCUCCGUCGAGCCUUCAGCUGGCUCCGGGGCAAGCGCAGGAAGAAGAAGGGGCAGGGGGCGACCGGGGGGAGGGGGCCGAGCCGCCCCCCAAGGCCAAGAAUGCAGGAGGAAAAGGCCAAGAAGGGCAAGGCCAAGGGCAGAGGUUCUGCCAAGUCCGAGAACAAGCAGCGGCUCAGUGUGUCCGGCCCGUCGGGGGACGAGCUCCAGGACAAUGUCUUCUUCCCCAGCAGCCGUCCACCCCACCUGGAGGAACUGCACAUCCAGGCCCAAGAAGGUCUUCGCUCUCUGCAACACCAAGAAAAACAGAAGCAGAACAAGGGUGGCUGGGAGCGCGGAGACACGGAGAGCAUCCAGUCUUCUCAGGUGGGCCCCGAGGACGACAACAUCUCCUUCUGCAGCCAGAGCACAUCCUGCAACACCGACACCACUUCCGAGGACGCCCUGUCCAUCCGCUCCGAGAUGAUCCAACGCAAAGGCUCCACCUUCCGGCCCCAUGACUCGUUCCCCAAAUCGUCGGGGAAGUCCGGGGGACGGCGUCGGCGGGAGCGGAGGAGUACGGUGAUGGGGCUGCCCCAGCACGUGCAGAAUGAGCUGGGCUGGAGGAACGCCCGGGACCCCGGCGGUCACCGCGGCCCCGGCCAGAGGAGCGUCCCCCGCCCGGCUCGCCCCGGCCCCCGCACCUGGCCAACGGGCAGGCCGAGGGCGAGGCCGUGCGCAUCCCACGGUGGACGGCCGGCUGGCGAUGCCGGGGGCGGGGGGCCCGGGGCCCGGGUGUCCCUGCAGGCGCUGGAGGUCGGCGGGGAGUCGGAGGCGGCCCUGCAGCGCCACAUCGAGCGGCUCUACUACGACGACAGCCUCGUGGGGCGCAAGACGGCGGCCAAGCUGUCGCCCCAGGUCCGGCCCAAGUCGCUGGCCGUGCCCGGGAUGACCGGCCGGGCCGUCCCCCUCGGGCCCCCGAGCCCGGCCAUGUCCAUCUCGCCCCAGGGCACCUACCUGUCCAAGAUCAUCCCCAACGCGGUGCUGCCUCCGACGGUGGACGUGGUGGCCCUGAGCCGCUGCAGCGUGCGCACGAGCCGCUGCAGCCUGGUCUCCAGCCCGGCCUCCGUCCACUCCCUCUCCCGCUUCUCCGCCUGGCCCUGCAGCCGCCGGGCCUCCUCCUCCAGCGACAACUGGAGCCACUCGCAGUCGACGGAGACCAUCGUGUCCGACGGCUCGACCCUCUCCUCUCGCGGGGCUCGGAGGCCGGGGAGGCCGGAGCACGGAGCGGCGGCGCCCUCUGCGGCGGAUCUCAGGUACGCGGCCGGCCCCGGCUACAGUGCCGGCGGCGCAGCGGAUGGCUCAGACACGGCCAGCAUCCAGAGCGGCCACUCCUCAGCCCGGAGCGUGUCCUUGCGCAAGCUGAAGCGCGCGCCCGCCCCGCCCCGCCGGACCUACUCCCUGUACCAGCGGGACGCCUUGCCCGACGGGGCCCUGGGGCCGUCCCCCAAGUCCGAGCGGAAGGGCCCGCAGCCGCAGAGGGGCCCGAUGGCGGGGGAGGCUGCCGCGGGGACGGGCCCCCCCGCCCCUGGCUUGUCCCCUGCCGGCUCCCAGCGCCCCCCGGCUCCCCAGCGCACCCUGUCCCCUUCCAGCGGCUACUCCAGCCAGAGCGACCCCACUCUGCCCCUCAAGUUGUUGGCGGCGCCCGGGGCCUCUCCGGGCAAGAGGCGGCCCCAGCCCCAGAAGCCCGAGCGGGUGUGCUCCUUACAGUCCCCCGGGCCGUCGGUCUCCUCGUCCCUCACCUCCCUGAGCUCUUCCUCCUCUGACCCGGCGCCCCCAGACGGGGGUACUUCCUCAGCCCCAACCGGGCCCCCCCGGGUCUCCGCCAGCCCCGCCUCCCAGUUUGUCAUCCCCCCGCACCCCAAGGUCCCGGCCCCCUUUCCGCCUCCUUCCAAGCCCAAGGGCUCCGCUCCGGCUCCAACUCCUCCGGCGGUCCCGGCCUCCGCCCCCGCCCUCCCCACCCCUCGGGGGUCACCGGCUCCCGGCAGAGCCACGGGGCUCCCCCGGCGACCUCCAAGGGUGCGUCCCCCCGCCCUCCCCCCUCCGUCUCACCACCCACCCCCUCCGCCUUCCAGGAAGACCGAGGGGGAAGCGGCAGGCCCUCCCGCCGCCCCCCAGGAGGUGAACGGGGAGAUGUCCCAGGACCCCAGUUGGCCCCCUCCUCCUCCCCCGGCCCCCGACGAGCAAGACCUCACCAUGGCGGACUUCCCUCCGCCGGACGAGGCCUACUUCUCCACCCUGCCCCUCCCGCCGGCCGAGGGGCCGGGGCCCACAGUGCCUGAACCCCCCGCGGCCCCCGAGCCCGGUGCCGCCUCGCGCUCCCUCUCCGCCACCGUCUCGUCCCCGGCGGGCGGGCCCCGGGCCGAGCCCGGCCGGGAGGCCGGGGGCCGGGGUCGGGGCGGCCCGGCGCCCAAGGAGGACGCCGGCCCGCCCGUCGUCACGCCCUCCCUGCUGCAGAUGGUGCGGCUGCGCUCGGUGGCCGUCGAGGGGCAGGCCGCGCCGCCCUCCGCGCCCGGCCAGGGGCAGGCGGCCCCCCAGAAGCCUCUGCGGAAGGCCUUGUCCGUGCGGGGCUGCCCGCCCUCCCGGGACCCCGUGCCUUCCCACCCGCUCCACGCUGCCGUGCGCCUCGAGGCCUCGGGCCUGCCUCCCGACGAGGGGCCCCGGGCCAAUGGGCGGCCGACGGAGGCGGAGGCCUCCCCGCCGCCCAAGUCUCAGGCCACCACCGCCAGCUUCAUCUUCGCCAAAGGGGCCAAGAAGCCGCCGGCCCAGUCGCCCGCGUCGCCCCAGGCCCCGGCCGACCUCCAGCGCCACCUGGUGGCCGAGCUGCGGAACUUCUCCGAGCGGCGGCCCUCGCCGCAGAAGCAGCCCGGCAAGGCCGCCCCGCCCGUGGCCCGCAAGCCCUCGGCCGGGGCCCCCCGGGCCUCCCCCCAGGCCUCCCCGCCCAACGGCCACCGGCCCCCCGGAGAGGUCAGGACUAGGCCGCAGGUGGCGGAGAACGGCGACGCUGUGCAGCCGGGCGGCCCUCCCGUGCCAGACAAAUGGAAAAGGGCCGCCUGACCGCCCGGCGCUGGUACUGCUGACCAAUCGCAGGAACACAAUCUCUCUCAGGGACCUACGCAGGUCAGAGGAUGAGGGGAGAACUGGACACUUUCAACAAUAAUAAAGAGGAAGAAGACUCCAGCCUUAGCCUCCGACGGCCUUCGGUAUUUAUGCAAACACGGUGUCGGUUUCCCCUUCUGAAAUAAUGCAGCUUUAUUUUGUACGGACUCCAAGCCCGGACCCCGACCCCCCUGCCCGCCUCGGGGGUGGGGGUGGGGGGUGGUCUCCUGCGACCUCAACCCUUGACGCUCCGUUUGCUGAUUUUGGCGGGCGAGGCGGGAGGGAAGGGGCGCAGGCACGGCCGGACGCCUCCAGAACGCCAUUCCGUGUGGGGUUUAUUUUAUCUUUCUUUCCGCCCCCCUUUUUGUUGAGAAAUGUGUUUGGUUCUUUUUUUCCCCUUUCUGAUGUUUGAGAGAAUGAGCUCUGUAAUCAUGCACAUACCAAGAGUCCGGAAUCAAAGCACUUUUCAAAGCCAACUGCACCCGGCCCCAGGAGGGCCUUCUGGACAUCCACCCCUAGGUCCUACCUGAUGCCAUCUCGCUGGGGCCCGGGCCUCGCCCCGGCCCACUCCCCUGGACGGGCCUGUUUACAUAGCAGCGCGGGAUCCAGAGCGGCCUCCUCCAUCCUGGCUCGACUGGUCGGCGGCGUUCUUGUGGACCUUGGGGGACACUGGCUGGACGGAGGGUGGGUGCCACGCUGGCAGCUGCAGGAAGAAGAGGGUAUGUGGGACCCAAAGCACAAAAGGUGUGGGAAGGGGAGUAGCCCUUGCCAUGCCUCACCUCUCCACGAGCCACCCUGCUGUUUCUCAGCUGUCAGGCCCACGGUGAUGGAGCCCCGCGUGUGGCGGGGAGGGUGGGCUCACUCGGCCUUUGUGAGAGCUGGGGUUGAGGCAGAGAAGGGAGGGUUGGAGGUAGAUCUGGAGGGAAGUGGCCAGGACUUAGGGGGAGAGACCCAAGAGGGAGGGUGGUCCCCUCCCCCUCCCCCCAAGGUUGCCCGGAGUGUUUUUCCAACCGCCUCCCCAUCCUUCAGGCCACAGCUGAUCAGGGCAAUGGCCUCCACCUCCUUUGGGGAAGGUGGGAUGGAGGAAGAAGGGAAGGCCUUGCAAUGAAGCUGGGAAGGGGGGCAGUCUAGUGUGACUAAACUUAUCCCCUCUGGCUCAACCCUGGGGGCAGUGUUGAAGCUGUUUGAAGCACAUGCUUGAGUCUGGAAUGAUGCUGAUUGAUACCUCAGUGGGAAAAUGGAAAUCUGAAACCCCCAGGUCUGGUGUUGAAAGGGAGGGAGGAUACACAGAGAGGGGCUUAAAGCCCCAAACAGCCCAGCUUGUUGAUUAGCAGUGGACCAGGCUCCUCCCCGCACCAACACUCCAACUUUUGACCCUAUAUCCAAUUACUGAGCGAGGGCAAGCUUCGGUCCAAGCCUUUCAGGGGAACUCUAGGAAGGUCUCCCCAAGCGUUCUUGAGCUGCAAACCAAUGUCCUUUACUAUUCUCCUGUGAGCAUUUCACUGCUUGUUGGCAGGUGCCAGGGGCAGAACUAGCCUGGGGCCUGCUGGAACAGGAGAGAAUUGACCACUGCUGUGUGCACUGCCCUGGUCCCUCCAUCCUAGUUGUGGUAGGAUGAGGGAAACCCCCCCCGGGGGGCACCCCGUCUCCCCUACUCACCCAGUCCUCUUUCUGUUACUUGAGCCACGGACCCUCGGCCAGGGGCACCUCUGAGCACAUCUGGUGGCUUCGGCCUCUCCUGGCUUGGACGGGGGCAAGGUGGUUGGGGAAGGGUGGGGAAAGAUGUCUCCGCUUUCCCCUCCUGUGGAACCAAGCUGGAUAUAGCACUAUCCAAGAGACCAAAAGCCUCUGAUUUUUAUGUCUAUUUCUUGUUCUGUAGAAAAGUUAGAUAUAAAGAUAUAUAUACAUAUAUAUAUAUUUCUUUAAACUUUGGGUCAUGCUUUGAUUUGAUUGUAAAAAACACAAACAACAAAACACCACCAUAAAACUCAGCCCAUCUGCCUUGGAAACCUUCCAGACUCAAUGAAAAAACUGUACGUGUCUCAUUUCAAAGAUGUUAAAGAUUCUAUGAUUAAAACUUG